AUGUUGAGACUUGUGGGUAACAUAGAACGUUUCUCAACCGCAAGGCAUAAUUUAGGAAUUUACAGAUGCGUAGCUAACACAGCUCGAUAUUCUACCACUCAUGAUUCUGGAGAGCUUUCUCUUGCCAUCGAAACCGCAUUGGUCAAGGUCAUCCUCGAGCACCCCGCGUUAUGCUGUGGGAUAAUCAACGAGGAUAAAAAUGACCCUGCCUACGUCCGCCUUGACUCCAUCGGUGUCUCAAUGUGUAUUGACUAUCGAACGCUUAAAACUUCGAGUGCGGAGGAACACGAGCAAGAGUUAAUCAGAAUCCUCGAACAGAGACAUUCAGAGCUGUGGCCAGACCCAAGCACCCUUCCUCCUUGGAAGGUAAUCAUCGUUCAGUCUGAUGCACUUUCUUCUCAAGGGUCGGCUUUCGAUGCCAUCUUCGCAUUUCACCAUGCGUUGGCUGACGGAUUGAGUGGAGUCGUCUUUCAUCGCUCCUUCUUGCACGCUUUGAACAGCUCAGAGGGCGACAAAUUAACAAGCCGGAUUAUCAAAAUACCAGAGCCAAUCAGCUUACCGCCUGCAAUGGAAAAGACUAUCGACUUCAGAAUAUCCUGGUUUUUCCUUCUUUUGCAACUCUGGAACGAGAUUCGGCCGCGCUGGUUGUUCCCCGACCCCUCCCCGCCAUGGACGGCAUUGCCCUGUUCGGCAGCAAACAUUCAGAACUACAAGUCCCGCGUUCGGAUCAUGACGAUAGAGCCCGAACUUGUGCCUAAAAUCCUUGCGGCGAGCAGGGAACAAAAGGCAACGAUUACGGGUCUUCUUCACGGGUUGAUCGUUACUUCCUUGACAACUCACGUACCCGAGGCUACGAGUUUCGCUUCUGGAACACCAUUUUCUCUCCGUCAUCUGACUGGAUUAUCCCCAACCAAAGAAAUGGGUGUGCAAGUCUCCGCUCAUACCUCGACAUAUACACCAGAAAUCAUAUCUCGCAUUCGCUCUUCCAGGACGCCGGAACAGGUCACGUCCGAAAUAUGGAACAUUGCACAGGAUUUCCGCGCCGCAAUGGCUGCCGAGCUUGCAGCACUUCCGAACGACAAUCCAGUUGGUUUGAUACCUUACAUCUCAAGUAUGCAUCAAUUUUUCCAAUCAAAGAUAGGGAAGCCGAGAGCAGAAACAUAUGAGCUCUCUAAUGUAGGCAAUAUGAAUAACAAGGAAGUUGAAGGGAAAUGGAAGGUCGAGAGAGACUUUUUUACGCAGUCAGGGAUGGCGACUGGUCCUCCUGUAAGCUUCAACGUUGCAAGUGUGAGCGGAGGACCCCUUUGUGUCACCGUCACGUGGUUGCAGGGCGAUAUUGAGGAAGAGCUGGUUGAUAAGUUGGCAAAAGAUGUGAAGUUUGGACUCAAAUGUAUUGCGGAAGGGAAGGAAGUCUCCUUGGGACUUUCAUGA